CAGGGCGAACCGAAGCGCUGCGCGGUGACGUCACAUUAGCGCGACGGUUCAUCGGGGAGAGAAACGGAAGAAGAGAAGAAGAAUAAAAUAAACGGAAGAAGAUAAACAGAAUAAAAGAAGAGAAGAACUGUUUAGAGAUGAAGUCUGGAUCAGAUUCUCCAGAUCCUGAUCCUGGACUACAGUCAGUCAGGAGAUCUCCCCGUCUGUCUCCUCAGAGCGCUGAAGGAAAGGAGGAAAGGAAAGGAGGAGGCAGUCUGAAGGAAAUGAAGAGGAGAGGAAGGAUGGAGAGGAGUCGAGAGGAAGAGGAGCUGCUCGACAGCCUGCAGACGCUGCACGUGUCCAGCAGGUCAGAGGUCAGAUCAACAGGUCUGGUUUACUCUGAGAUCUUCACUCUCUAUGAGAACCUGUGGGACUCCAGUCACCCAGAGCGACCCGCCAGAGUGACAUCCAUCAUGGAGGAGCUGGACAGACAGGACCUGCUGUCUCACUGCACCAGAGUUCAGCCCAGAGAAGCUGUAGAAGAAGAGCUGCUGCUCGCUCACAAGAAACAAUAUGUGGACCUGAUGAAGUCGACUCAGACGAUGACAGAAAGUGAACUUCAUUCUCUUUCUGAGAAAUACGACUCUGUGUAUCUUCAUCCUGAGUCCUACCGGGUGUGUGUGUCGGCGGUGGGUUCGGUCCUCCAGCUGGUCGACCAGGUGAUGACCUCUGAGCUCAGGAACGGAUUCGCUGUCGUCAGACCUCCAGGUCAUCACGCUCAGUCUAACGAGGCCAACGGUUUCUGUAUCUUCAACAACGUGGCGAUCGCAGCUCGAUACGCUCAGACCAGACACUCCGUCCGCAGGGUGUUGAUAGUGGACUGGGAUGUUCAUCAUGGUCAGGGCAGCCAGUACCGGUUCCAGGAAGACCCGAGUGUCCUGUACUUCAGUGUCCACAGGUAUGAACAUGGCUCUUUCUGGCCUCACCUGCCAGAGUCUGACAGUCAGUUCAUCGGCACCGGACGAGCUGAAGGCAAAACCAUCAACCUGCCGUGGAACAAGACGGGGAUGACGGAUGCUGAUUACAUCGCAGCUUUUCAACAACUGUUACUGCCUGUAGCCUACGAGUUUCAGCCUCAGCUGGUUCUGGUUUCUGCUGGAUUUGAUGCUGCAGUCGGAGAUCAGAAGGGGGGGAUGUGUGUGACUCCUCAGUGUUUUCACAUUCUGACCCACAUGUUGAUGAGUCUGGCUGAAGGUCGACUUGUUCUCGCUCUCGAGGGAGGUUAUAACCUGCAGUCGACAGCAGAGGGCGCUGCAGCCUGUGUCAGAGCUCUGCUGGGAGGAGCCUGUCCUCCUCUGACCCCGCCCACUGCUCCCUCUGACAGUGCUCUGCAGUCCAUCUCUCAGACGGUGGUGGCUCUGUAUCCUCACUGGGCGGCUCUGCAAACACUGGGAGGCGGCCCAUUGGCUGAGGGCCUCGUCAAGAGAGCGACGGCCAAUCAGCAGAGCUCAAAGCGGACGGGCCCGGCUCCCUCUGUUGCCACGGUAACGGGUCUGGUUUACGACGAGAAGAUGAUGGAGCACCUGAACAUGUGGGAUAGACAUCAUCCUGAACAGCCUCAGAGAAUCUUUAAAAUCUUCUCCAAACAUCAGCAGCUGGGAUUGGUCGAUCGUUGCCAGCGGAUACCGGCUCGCUUAGCAACAGAGGAGGAGUUGUCCAGGUGUCACAGUGAGCAGCACAUUGAGCAGAUGAAGGCCUCAGUGCUGAUGAAGCCCAGAGAGCUCCACAAACUGGGUCACGAGUUCAACUCCGUCUUCAUCAACAAUCAGAGCUUCCAGUCUGCUCUGCUGGCGGCUGGAGGAUGUUUCACUGCUGUGGAGAGAAUCCUCACAGGACAGGUGAGUAGGGGCGUGGCCAUCGUUCGUCCUCCCGGUCAUCACGCAGAGAGAGAUUCUCCGUGCGGUUUCUGUUUCUUCAACACGGCAGCUCUUGCCGCACGCCACGCCCAGCAAAUAUCCCAUGAUGCACCGCUGCGAGUCCUCAUCGUGGACUGGGACGUACACCACGGCAACGGGACGCAGCACAUGUUCGAAGACGACGACAGCGUCCUGUUCAUUUCCCUCCAUCGCUAUGACAACGGGACGUUCUUCCCGUCUUCGGAGGAUGCCGCCCCCGACAGGGUAGGCGUGUCCAAGGGGGCGGGGUUCAACGUCAACGUGGCGUGGAGCGGUGGCCGGAUGGGAGACUCGGACUACCUGGCUGCCUUUCACAGCGUUGUCAUGCCGAUUGCCACCGAGUUUAAUCCGGGUCUGGUUCUGGUGUCGGCCGGUUUCGAUGCAGCUCGAGGGGAUCCACUGGGGGGAUAUCAUGUGACCCCUGAAGGAUACGCCCAUCUCACACACCUGCUGAUGUCACUGGCCGGGGGGCGGGUCCUACUCAUACUGGAGGGAGGUUAUAACUUGACGUCCAUCUCUGACUCCAUGGCGAUGUGCACCAGCGUGCUAUUAGGAGACCCUCCUCCACCCUUGGUGAUGCCCCUCCCCCCUCCCCAUCACAGCGCCGUGGCAACAAUCAACGAGGUCAUCCGACACCACGCCCCCUACUGGAUGUCGCUGAGGAUACGCGUCCCAGAGUCGGCGCGGUCUUCCCUGCCGGCCACGAAGCAUCGUGGGAAACGUAGUUCUAAAGGAAAAGGCAGGAAGUCGGAGACGAGCAGCGCGCACAAACCUCCGCUGCCGUCUGCGGGACCGGACGACGCCACGACGGAGCGCGGCCUCGAGCAGCUCACUCAGGGAUUGGCCAGUUUGGACAUCGGUCAAAGCCCAGCCAAUCACACGCCUGCUACGUCCAACGCGGUGGGCGGGGCCAGGCCGAAGGUCCGUUUGAGCCAAGAAGAGGUCACGUGUGAAGGUGAAGUGACACCUGAGCAGAGCCAAUCAGCAGAGAGCACGCUGCUGCAGCCUCAGACCCCUCUAUACGUGGUGGACCCUCUCUCCUGGUGUCCUCACCUGGAUGCGGUUAAGCCCCUCCCCCCCUCAGGCAUAGAUGUCUUCCAGUCGUGUCAGGACUGCGGCUCCAGCGCUGAGAACUGGACCUGUCUCACAUGCUACCAGGUGCUGUGUGGUCGUUAUGUAAAUGAGCACAUGGUGACUCACGGCGUCGUGUCUGAACACCCGAUGGUUCUGAGCUUCUGUGAUCUGUCUGUGUGGUGCUACCUGUGUGAGUCCUACGUCCACCACCAGAUUCUGUUUGAAGCUAAAAACGCUGCUCACUGCUGCAAGUUUGGAGAAGAGAUCCCUCCAUGGAGCUGAGAAGAGGAAGAGGAGGAGGAGGAGAUGAAGAGGAGGAGGAGGAGAUGGAGAGGAGGAGGAGGAGGAGAGGAGGAAGAGGAGAUGGAGAGGAGGAAGAGGAGAUGAACAGGUGUAUACUACAUGUAGUAUUUCAUAUUUGGGGUAAAUCUUCCUCAGAUUACUUAAAUAAUCACAACAUGAGGAAAAAUAAUCAGCAUCAAAGAAUUAAAGCAGGAAGUUAGAAAAUAACUUAUUAUUAUACUUUGAAGUAAUUUAUCAGAAUCGUUUAUAAUUACAUUGCACACACAAGGUGCAUCACAAUAAACAAUAAUAAUAAAACAAUAAACAAUGCAAUAAUCGACACAUAAUUUAAAGUAUUGUAAACAAAUAUUGUAAACAACAAACAUAACGGUAGUUUAAACAAGUAGAUGUAAAAUAAAAGUGGCAAGUGUAUUUUAAUAAAGAAAAGAUGUUAAAGGGUGUUGAAGAAAAGAGAUGGAUGAAGAGAUGGAUGAAGAGAUAGAAGAGAUGGAUGAAGAGAUAGAAGAGAUGGAUGAAGAGAGAUGUAGAGAUUGAAGAGAUAGAAGAGAUUGAUGAAGAGAUGGAAGAGAUAGAAGAGAUUGAUGGAAGAGAUUGAUGAAGAGAUG